UCUGCGCUCGAGCCUCUCCAUUGGCCGCCUCGCGCUCAUUUAGCUGCUGUCAGCGCGCGCAGAGCCGGGCACGCUCCUGUAACUUUUUUUUCCCCCCUCAGUCCGGCGCAAAGUGAGCUCCGACCCUGGUGGAUGUCGUGGGGGGGGAGACAGACAGGGGCCGCUGUAACCUGUGAGGGGACUUUCAUGUGAGGGUGUCCCCGCGCGCGCGCCGGCUGAAUGUACAGCAUCAUGAUGGAGACCGACCUGCAUUCCCCCGUGGUGCCCCAGACCAACCCGUCCAACCCGGGGGGCCCCGGUGGGAAGGUCCCCCAGGAGAGGAUCAAGAGACCCAUGAACGCCUUCAUGGUGUGGUCCCGGGGCCAGCGCAGGAAGAUGGCCCAGGAAAACCCCAAAAUGCACAACUCGGAGAUCAGCAAGCGGCUGGGCGCGGAGUGGAAGGUGAUGACGGAGGCGGAGAAGAGACCCUUCAUCGACGAGGCCAAGCGGCUGCGGGCCAUGCACAUGAAGGAACACCCGGACUACAAGUACCGGCCCAGGAGGAAGACCAAGACCCUGCUGAAGAAGGACAAGUACUCGCUGGCGGGGGGGCUCUUGGGCUCCUCCGCGGGGAUGGGCGGCGGGCAGCGACUGGAGAGCCCCGGAGCGGGCCAGGUGGGGGCCAAUGCGGGCUACGCCUCGCACGUGAACGGCUGGGCGAACGGCGCGUACUCGGGGCAGGUGGCGGCGGCGGCCGCGGCGGCUCACGCCAUGAUGCAGGAGGCGCAGCUGGCGUACACGCAGCAGCACCCGGGCGCCGGGGCUCACCCGCACCACCACCACCACCACCUGCACCACCACCCGCACGGCGCGCAGCCCGUGCACAGGUACGACAUGAGCGCGCUGCCUUACAGCCCCAUCUCGAACUCCCAGAGCUACAUGAGCGCGUCCCCGCCGGGAUACGGCGGCAUCACCGGCUACACUCACCAGCACCAAAGCUCCGGGGUCUCCCCGGUGUCCGGGACCAUCGGGGGCACCUUGGGGUCCCUGGUCAAGUCGGAGCCCAGCGUGAGCCCGCCGGUGUCCAGCGGCCGCGCCAUGCCGCCGUGCGCCACGGGGGACCUGCGGGACAUGAUCAGCAUGUAUCUGCCGGGCGGGGAGGCGGCGGGGGACCAAAGCAGACUGCACGUGCUGCACCCGCAGCACUAUCAGAGCGGCGGCGGCGGCUCAUCCGCCACGGUUAACGGGACGGUUCCGCUGACGCACAUUUGAACCAAAAACUCUCCAGCUCCAUGGACGUGGACGCGCGCUGCUCCUGACUGUAAAUUCUGGCCGCUUUAGAGCCAUAAAAAUGCAAUCACUGAUGAACAAACUUCUUUUUUUCUUUUUUUAUUUGACAAUUUCCUUCAGUAAUUAUGAUUUUUGUGCGCAUUUUACGCGUGUUCGCUCUGUGGAUUAGAGCAUGCCAAUUUUUGGACGCGAUUUAAAUUAUAAUCCGUGAAGGCUGCUGGUGCAUUUUGAAGGUUUUGCUCUGCACUCACGCACCCCUCGACUUUUUUCUGUGGAAUUAGAGGCCCCCGCUGUGUGUUUGAAGGAUUUUUAUUUUUAUUUUUUUAAAGAGGGCAGCGUAAAUAAACGGAGGGCGGUGUGGAACAUGUCUUUAAAAAAAAAAAGUUUUAGGCUGCAGUUGAUGCUUGUAAACAUGUGAGUCAGUCGGUGUCAUUUUGAAUCUGUUUUUGCUGUUGUAAAAUAUUUUAAAUUGUGAAUAAAUAGGCCUAAUGGAGACCAUUUUAAUGCAAUUAUAUAUAUAUAUGACAAAUAUAUAUAUAUAAAAAUUGCGCAAAAUGCAAGAUAAUAUUGACAUAAUUCUAAAUAUAUGAAGAAUUUGGGGGGGGGGGUGACAUUUUGCUGUUUUUUAAGUCAUGUAUUUAUUUUUGACAUUUGGGGGCAAAAACAAUUUUAAUUGCUGUAUUGAAUUUGAAAAAAAAAGAUUAAUAGAACUAAUAAUUUGAUUAAAAAUGGAAAAUAAACGGAUCAAAGCAGAGGUGUUUCCUCAGCACAGCUGGAAAA